AUGAUAUAUUAUGGCAUGAUCGCCUCGGGCAAUCAAGUUAUAAGGAACGGUGCCCAGAGAGAUAAUAUCGCUCAGCAACUGGAUGCUAUCUGUUUCGAGAUGGAGGCUGCCGGUCUGAUGGAUAUUCUCCCUGCCUGCCUAUCCGGGGGAUUUAUGAUUAUUCUGAUUCUUAUAAGAACAAGGAAUAGCAGAGAUAUGCUGCAGCUACCGCGGCUACUUCCUUCUAAGUUGUCUUUGGCCUAUAAGGCGUGCCUGUAUCGGACAAUGUCUUUUGCUACACUAACCCUCAACCGAACGACGGAAGGUAUGUGUUUGUAUGGGCUUGGCGGAAUCGGCAAGAUGCAGCUGGCUAUUGACUUCGCCUGUCGUUAUAAGGCCACCUUUAGUGUGAUCUUCUGGCUAGAUGGGCGGUCUGAGGAUCAGUUGAAGCAGAGCUUCGCCAGAUGCCUUGGCAGAAUCCCUGAACUUUGGACCGCUAGCCGCAAUGACUUGAACCUUAACAGCAAGGAGGGUCUCGAUGUUGCGGUGAUGAAAGUGAUUGAGUGGCUCGCCAGACUGAAUCAGCAGCAUGGUGGUGCAACGGAAAUAUAUAAUAUCCAGCAAUAUUUCCCUGGAGACCAUGGUUCAGUCCUGAUAACGACACGAUUAUUACGCUUGCAGCAGCUGGGUAGCUCAAAGUAUUUAACCUACGUCGACCCAGACCAGAGCAGGGCUACUCUACAGACGUGGUAUGGAAAAGAACUGCAUUGGCGUCCAGAUUACGAUACCCUUCUCGAGUUGUUACAAGGUCUACUACUUGCUUUGGCGCAAGCUGUGUUAUACUUGUGUGAGAUAGGUAUGGGUGUUGCAACCUAUAUCCAGAUUUACAACCAAUAA